GAGCCUUGGUCAUGCCGGACCUGAGGCAGGAGCUGCCAAAGAAAGUGAAAGAUGAAGCCUCUUGUUCUCUUGGUUCUUGUGAUCUGUACUGUAGUCAGCAUGAAUUUGAAGCUCGUAUCAAAGAGAAAUUCUGUUGAUGGUUGCAUUGACUGGUCAGUGGAUCUCAAGACAUACAUGGCUUUGGCAGGUGAACCAGUCCGAGUGAAAUGUGCCCUUUUCUACAGCUAUAUCAGAACUAAUUAUAGCAUGGCCCAAAGCACAGGUCUUAGGCUUAUGUGGUACAAAAACAAAGGAGACUUAGAAGAACCCAUUAUAUUUUCUGAAGUUAGGAUGAGCAAGGAUGAAGAUUCAAUAUGGUUUCACUCGGUUGAGUUGCAAGACAGUGGUUUCUACACGUGUGUUCUAAGAAACUCAACGUAUUGCAUGAAGGUGUCCAUGUCCUUGACAGUAGCUGAGAAUGAAUCUGGGCUUUGCUACAACAGCAAGAUCAGAUAUCUGGAAAAAUCAGAAGUCACUAAGAGAAAGACAAUCUCCUGUCCUGAUAUUGAGGAUUACAAAACAGCCAGUCAAGAGCCAGAUGUUGUAUGGUACAAGGAAUGUAAGCCAAAAAUGUGGAGAAGUAUUGUAAUUCAAAAGGGAAAUACUCUUUUAAUACAAGAAGUCCAGGAAGAAGAUGGAGGAAAUUAUACCUGUGAACUGAAGUUUGAAGGCAAGCUUAUACGAAGAACAGUUGAAUUGAAGGUUACUGCAUUACUCACAGACAAGCCUCCAAAGCCAUUGUUCCCCAUGGAGAACCAGCCAACUGUUAUAGAUGUCCAGCUGGGCAACCCGCUGACCGUGGCCUGCAAAGCUUUCUUUGGAUUCAGCGGAGAGUCAGGCCCAAUGAUCUACUGGAUGAAAGGGGAAAAAUUCAUAGAAGAAUUAGAAGAAAGAUUUAUAUGGGGUAGUAAAAUAAAACUCCUUAGAGAACAUCUUGGAGAAAAAGAAGUUGAAUUGACAUUGAUCUUUGACGCUGUAGAGGAGGCAGAUCUGGCGAACUAUACAUGUCAUGUAGAAAACAGGAAUGGACGGAAACAUGCCAGUGUUCUUCUGCGCAAGAAAGAUUUGAUCUACAAAAUAGAGCUUGCUGGAGGUUUGGGAGCCAUCCUUCUUCUGCUUAUUUUGCUGGUGACCAUCUAUAAGUGCUACAACAUAGAGUUAAUGCUCUUCUACAGACAGAACUUUGGAGGAGAUGAAGCAGCAGAUGACAACAAGGAAUAUGACGCAUAUCUUUCAUACACCAAAGUGGAUCCCGAUGCAUUAGAUUGUGAUAAUAACGAAGAGGAGCACUUUGCACUGGAAAUCCUGCCAGACGUUCUCGAAAAGCACUAUGGAUAUAAGCUCUUCAUUCCAGAUAGGGACCUGAUUCCUAGCGGAACCUACAUUGAAGAUCUCACAAGAUGUGUUGAGCAAAGCAGAAGACUCAUUAUCGUGUUAACUCCAGACUAUGUUCUCAGGAGAGGAUGGAGUAUUUUUGAGAUGGAAAACAGACUCCAUAACAUGCUAGUCAGUGGAGAAAUCAAAGUUAUUUUGAUUGAGUGUACUGAAUUAAAAGGGAAAGUGAAUUAUCACGAAGUGGAAUCUUUAAAGCACACCAUCAAACUUCUAUCAGUGGUGAAGUGGAAAGGACCAAGAAGCAGCAAACUGAAUUCUAAGUUUUGGAAGCGCCUAGUCUUUGAAAUGCCAGGAAAGAAAAAGGAGGUGGUGUCUCGGCGUCAGGUCCUGGAUUCUGCGGAGCAGGGCCUUUUUGGAGACCUCCAGACUGUACCCUCCCUUGCCGUUACAGGCACUUCUGCCACGUUGGUAGAAUCACGGGCUGAUUUAACUGAUUACCAUCAAGCAGAUUCUGUGCAAAUGAGACAUUAUUGCAGAGGAUACGAAUACGACGUGGCAGCAGCAACAUUGCCUAUAGCUUCCAUAAGCAACCACCACACAUACUGUAACAUACCUUUGACGCUACUAAACGGACAGCUACCUCUUAACAAUACCAUGAAGGAUCCCCAGGAGUUUCACAGGAACAACCCCUUGCUACCUUUAUCAGCAAGGGAGCUUAGCUUCACCAGUGAUAUCUGGUAG